AUGGGGACGCUCUGGUCCCUCCUGGAGGAUUCGACUCUCUCAUUCCACGUGCUCCAAUGGUGGACUCGUCCACACGCGUUCCCCCCCCCUCCCGUUGCUGUCAGAGCCGCUACGGACGAGACCACUCGGCUUCGGUCGGUUCCAUAUCUUCCUCUCAUCUCCCCCUCCGGGCUGCAUGGCCGCCUGAAGGUCAAAACGACGGAGGAGCAGGCGGAAGCCAAACGCCUGGAGCGGGAGAAGAAGCUGCACCAUUAUGUGACGGCCACCAAAGCCAUCUUUGAGAAGAGGAAGAUGGGACAAAUGGACAAAGAAGCCUUGGAACUGACCAGCCAGAUCUUGGGUGCCAACCCAGACUUUGCCACCCUCUGGAACUUCCGGCGGGAGAUCUUCCUUCAUAUGGAGGAGGAGGCGCCGGAAGAGAUGCAAGCCCUCUGCAAAGCAGAGCUCUCCUUCCUGGAGUCCUGUUUGCGCAUCAACCCCAAAUCCUACGGAACGUGGCAUCACCGCUGCUGGGUGAUGGAGCAUACCCCAGAACCGGAUUGGGCCCGCGAGCUGGAGCUGUGCAACAAGUUCCUGGAGAGUGACGAACGGAACUUUCACUGCUGGGAUUACCGGCGCUUCAUGGUGCAGCGGUCCCAGGUCCCUCCCCAGGACGAGCUGGACUUCAGCGACAGCCUCAUCACCCGGAACUUUUCCAACUACUCCUCCUGGCACUACCGCAGCCGACUCUUGCCGCAGCUACACCCAGAUCCCCACCAGCAAGGCCGGAUCACGGAGGAGGUCCUUCUCAAAGAACUGGAGCUGGUCCAGAACGCCUUCUUCACCGACCCCAACGACCAGAGCGCUUGGUUCUACCACCGCUGGCUGCUCGGCCGAGCGGACCCAGAUCCAUCUAUCCGCUGUCUCUAUGUGAACAGAGAGGAUGCCUCCUUGGCUGUGGCGUUCUCCCACCCCAUGGCGGUGGCUCCGGCCUCUCAUGACUUGGUUGUGUUUGGAGAUGAAUCCCCGCUGGUGGUCCGGUGGCGCACACCAGAUGGCCGAAACAAGCCUGGACUUAUGUGGCUGUGCGACUUGCCCGCCACAUCCCUCAACGACCACUGGCCCCAGCAUACCUUCCGUGUCCUGUGGGCAGAGGGCCAGGCCCAGAAGGAGUGCGUCCUUUUCAAAGGACACAAGGACUGCUGGAGCCAAGACUCGGUCACGGAGGAGCAGGUCUUCAGGUGCGAGCUGUCUGUUGAGAAAUCUACAGUGCUUCAGUCUGAAUUGGAGUCCUGCAAAGAACUGCAGGCCCUGGAACCCGAGAACAAGUGGUGUCUCCUAACAAUCAUCCUCCUCAUGAGAGCCCUGGACCCUUUGGUUUAUGAGCGCGAGACCCUCAGCUACUUCAAGACCCUGAAGGCUGCUGACCCCAUGCGCUCAGCUUACCUGGACGAUCUGCGCAGCAAAUUCCUGAUAGAGAACAGCAUCCUCAAGAUGGAAUAUGCCGAGGCUCGUGUGGUGGAUCUGUCACAGAGGGGCCUCACCAUCCUUUGCCACCUGGAGCACCUCUUGUUGGUCACCCACAUGAACCUGUCGGACAACUUCCUCCACUGCUUGCCCCCCUCCCUGGCCAUGUUGCGCUGCCUCGAGGUGCUGGAAGUGAAUGAGAACCAGAUCCAGAGCCUAGGAGGGCUGCCCCCGCUCCCUCACCUGGAGGAACUCUCCCUUUGCAACAACCGCAUCCGGCGACCCUCUGACCUCCGACCUCUGGCCUCGUUCCCAAAGCUCGCCCAUCUCAACCUGCGGGGCAACCCUGUCUGCCAAAUCCCUGGCGUCCAAUCAGAGCUUGCCGUGCUACUGCCCAACGUGGCGACCAUCCUCACCUGA